AUGUCUUCCAGAAACGUAAACCCCGUCAAAGUACAGGUCCUAAGGGAUAUUCAAAAAGUAAUCAAUUGUCUCGUCAACAUCGAGGAUGCUACUGGCGAGUACCUCAUGACUCUUGCGGAUGGUCGGGUCAUCGACACGAAGGGUUGGAAUGAUUGGGAGUGGACUCACGGCAUUGGUCUGUAUGGGCUUUGGCGGCUCUACGAGAUAACGGGAGACAAGAGAGCCCUGGACAUUUGUGUGGACUGGUUUAAUGCCCGGUUUGAAAUCGGUACCUCCAAGAACGUCAACACGAUGUCACCAUUGCUAACAGCAGCCUACGUCCAUCAAGCGAAGCUCGCAAACUAUCUUGUGCACCUCGAAUCCUGGGCUGAAUGGGUCAUGUAUGAUAUGCCACGCACGGAGGAGGGGGGCUUACAACAUAUCACGUAUCUCGACGCUCACCCACAACAACUUUGGGAUGAUACAUUGAUGAUGAGCGUACUACCGUUGGCGAAGAUAGGCCUUGUGCUGGGACGCAAAGAUUAUGUCGAGGAGGCCAAAAGGCAGUUCAUCCUACACGCACAGUACCUGCGCGAUGUCCAAUCCGGACUGUGGUUUCAUGGUUGGACGUUCGCUGGAAGACAUCACUUUGGCCGCGUCAGAUGGGCCCGAGGAAACUGCUGGAUUACUGUCGCAAUUCCGGACUUCCUGGAGUUGUUGGAGCUAUCCCCGGGCGAUGGUCUACGACGGUUUUUGAUCUCUACGCUGCUGGCACAGAUCGAUUCCCUUGUCGCAUGUCAAGACCAAGAAUCUGGUCUCUGGCAUACAGUAUUGGAUGAUCCAACUUCAUACCUGGAGGCUUCUGCAACCGCUGGCUUUGCAUACGGGAUCCUCAAGGCAUUGAGGCUUAGGCUGAUUCCCAAGGAGACACGCUAUGUUGACGCCGGCAAGAAAGCAAUCCAAGGAGUGAUAAACAAUAUAUCGGAUGCUGGAGAAUUGCUGAACGUGUCAUUUGGGACGCCGGUUUUCAAUGAUGCAGAAAGUUACAAAAAGAUUCCUUUGACAUCCAUGCCAUACGGACAAAGUCUUGCACUCCUGGCCCUUACAGAGUAUUUUAGGACGUUGUUGUAG